AUGCCGAGAAGGGGAAAGAAAAAGGAUGCCGUCCCGCUGCUGGUGGCGCCGGAGCCACUCGGUGACGAGCUGGAGGCUGACAUGCUGUGGGACGACGUGAAGGAGGUUGACGAUAAGCCGUUGUUUAUGGACGGCUCGCUCGUUGACGCGACGCGCGCCGCCUUCGAAGGCGAAAAAGGACGCAGCGGUGCGGGCGAGGCAGCGCGGACGGCGUUCAGCGGAAGGACGCGGCACCUAGGCAUGCUGCGCGCGCGCGAUGAGUUCCUUGUGCGGGAAGAGGAGCUGAAGGAGGCGAUGGAUGACGCCCAACACCUGCGCGAGGAUGUGGUGGGCUUCGAGGCGCUCAGGCAGACUGAGGAGGGGGACUUCCAACAGGAGCGAGUGAGUGUCACAAAGGCCGCGAUGGGUCUCACGUCGGAGCUAGCGGACGGACAGCUCAUGCUCUUGGAGGACAUGGAGGAGCUUGCGAACAACUUCCUUGACGAGCAGUACGGGGCGCUCGACAGUCUCUGCGCACUCGCUGCGAGGGGCGCGGAGGUGGACGCGGCGUUUAUGGAGCAGCAGACGAUGCGGGAGAAGUGCCGCCGGGACGAGCAGACUUACCUCCGCGAGCACGGUGAUCAUGUGGUGCGAAUGGCAAAGAUGAAGGAGGAGACAAAGCGACAGCAGAAUGAGAUGCUUCAGACGAUGUUGAGGCGUUUAGAAACCGGGGUCGACGAAAUGACGAAGCUCUCCAUGGAAGAGUUGGAGGACACAUCUGCCCAGCAGGAUGAAAUGUCGCAGCUUGUUGUGGAGCUGCUGAAGCUGCAGGGGCAGUCCGUCGACCUUGAAAAGAAAACCACAGCCAUUGCGGAGCUGCGCACAAGCCUGCAGCGCAUGAUCGCCCUUGAGGUGCAGAAGCAGGAGUUGUGCGUGGAGCGGCAGAAACAGCUUAGAGCCGAAUUAAAGUCCCUGACGGGUGUGGUGCGGGAGAACGACCUUCGCCUGCUGGAGAUGACGAGUGGCGUGGUCCCCACCGCUGCGUACACCGCUGCUCUGCCCAUGAUAUCAACAUCACCCAACACCAUCUCUGGCUUGACGGACUCGGAGGGAGAGAAGAGCCUAACGCUUCACACCAUAGAGGCUCGACACCAACUCGAGUUCGCCACGGCGGAGCUUGCCAAGUACAAGAAUGAGCUAUGGGCCCUGCGCCGGAAACACCUCGUGCAGCUCAGUGGCCAGUAUCAGCCCGUGAACCUGGACCAUCGCGCCAUGCGGACGACGCAGGACUUCUUCCUCGACGCGGAGACGAGCGCUGCUGUGCGCUCCGUUGUCGUGGAGUCGCUGCUGGAGGUGAACCAAUCCCUGUGUGUGCCGGACGGCGCCGAAGAGCACGACAGCAGCCUUGAGCGGCUGCUCGCCGUGACGGAUCCAGAAGAGCGGAAGGCGAUCCAGGAUUAUGUGGCGCGACGCAUAAACAAGUUGUUCAGUUGCGUGUGCCCUACCGCACCCCCGCUUGUUUUUCUCCGCGAGGCGGCGCAUGUACAGUCGGAGGUGUAG